AUGCGCUCCCAACGUUCUCGAGCGGCUUUCGAGCCUAUCUCCCCCGAUGUGGACAUCGCCGCGCUUGUUGAUUCUACACCAAACUUUGAGUAUGCCCACCGAAUAGACUGUCACUCCAUUGAUGACCUUGGCCUGGAAAAAUUCGAAAAGAUGGUUUUGGGUCUCGUGAUACUGGGUGGGAAACCGCUAGUCAUUGGGGGCUUCAAUGAGAGGCUGAAUGGCUCUAUAUUCUCCGCCAAAUGGCUACGUUCACGAUACUCUAAGAAGACCGAGAUUGCUCGAAAUUUAGUCACAAAGACUGACCUUCCACUGACCAUUGGCCACUAUCUGGACAAUAUGCCGAUGCUGACCAGCCAGUGGAACGCAUACAAUUAUCGAGACCCGGACAGGCAACGGCUUUAUCUGAAAGACAUUGACUGUCCCACAGAAUGGCAUAGGACGCUGAGGCAAAUCAUUCCUCCAACCCUUUUCUAUCUGAACAAGUCACCAGAACCAUUCCAGGGACCAGGAUCCUGUACCGUGCCGUCCUCUCAAACUAUGACCCCCUCCGGGGUGCCCGUAGCACCGGCUGGUGAUCUGAUGAGCUGUCUACCGGUGGAUAUGCGUGCACAGAACUUGAUGUGCUAUAUCGGUCACGAAGGCACAUAUACUCCUGCCCACCAAGAAAUGUGCGCGAGCUUGGGACAGAACAUAAUGGUCGAGGCGUCUGACGGCAGGAUGGAAAACGGGAAGCCAACUAAGCCUGGGUCGUCCGUCUGGUUUAUGACUGAAAGCAAGGACCGCGAUGUGGUCGCCGAGUACUGGAUGUCUGUCCUCGGGCAUGACAUCGACAUUGAGGACCACUUUGCUCAGAUUAACGCCUGGAAAUCUGCCCCCUUUACAACAUACAUCGUUGAACAACGGGUGGGGGAUUUCAUUCUGGUUCCUCCGCUCGCGGCACACCAGGUGUGGAAUCGAGGUACGCGAACGAUAAAAGUAGCGUGGAAUCGAACCACGGUGCAGACUUUGAAGCUGGCUUUGAACGAAGCACUGCCGCAUGCCCGAAUGGUGUGCCGGGACGAACAAUAUAAGAAUAAAGCCAUUGUGUUUUACUCCCUUCAACACUAUUCCGGCCUCCUCUCUCAAAUUGACCAGUCUCAGAUGUCGAGCCGAAAAGUCCAGCAACUGCUCAAGGAUUUUGAACAGCUCUUCAAUCUAUACACACAGAUUCUGCUCUCUGAAAGUUUUGUGCUCGAUGCGCCGGCUGAGAAGGAUGUUGAGUACAUCGAGUUUGACAGCAAUAUCACGUGCUCAUAUUGCAGAGGUAACAUCUUCAACAGGUUUCUGACCUGUCCAUGGUGUGCCGGCGAUGAUGGCGAGAAUGCCUACGAUAUUUGUAUGGAAUGUUAUGUCCAGGGGAGGAGUUGCGCUUGUAUCUCCAAGCUCAAAUGGGCCGAACAGUUUCAUUGGGAUGACCUUACCGGAAAACAUGAGGACUGGAGACAUCUAUUAAUGAGGCUGACCGGAAGCUCCGAGGAAGCAUAUCCGUGUCUUCCGGCGAAACGAGCGCAAUUGGGCAAAAAGACACUCGCCGAGAUCUGUCAGGAACAGCUCAGAGAGCGCCCGUGGGUUGACAUCACAAAGCCAGUCGUUGAAAAAGUGGUAGAAAUCCCUAGCGACUCGGACGACGUUACGCCAGCUCGAAAACGACGAAAGACGCGCCCGAGUGAUAAUGACGGGAAAAUCGGGCGAUGCCAUGUUUGCAAGUACGCUGAUCCGUCGUGGAAACUUGCUUCGUGCUCCAAUUGCCGUCUGAAAUACUGUUACGGCACCCUGUUCCGGGCGUUCAACAUCAAGCCCCAGGAUGUCCUUGAGCUGUACCACUGGAUUUGUCCGAAGUGCCAGAAGUUCUGCAGCUGUGCCAAGUGCCGCCGAGACCCUUCGAUGACCCCGUACGAACCGACGAGCACUCAUCUCGGCCAUGACACGAAGAAGAUCGCAGACCCCCGCAGUGUUGAGAGUCUCGUGGACCAACGGCAUUCGAAUGCUCGAUGGCUCAAGAAAGCCGGCGACGACGAGAUCAAUCGGCUGAGGAAGCACCAAAGAGAGGCCGACGAGAAGCGCAGCCAAGCGCUGAUCGAACACAGUAUUCAACUGGAGGAGCUCCCUCAGAUGCCCCAGACACCCGAAAACUACUUUUUCCUGCAAGAGAUGGCAGGACGCGGUCUGGCGGAAGACCAUGACAUUCCUGUUGACCCAGCUCUGCAGAGCUUUGACGAAUUUUUCUCCACACCGCAAACCUCACUCAGCUAG